CAAUAACCCUCCCUGACUUUUUCCACACCCUUGGCGCAUACGGAACCCCUGCUAACUUUUAUACCCCUUAGCGCGCAAGCAAGUGCGAACGCGUCUUGAAGGCAUUUGGCAUUUGGGCACAGAAGAAGGCACGACGAUAUUCAUCCGUUGGUGAAGGCUCACAGUCAGUCAGUCCUGUUCGCUGUUUGCUCUCUUGCUUUCAUCAUACUCUUUACUCUGUUUCUUGUUUUCAACCUCAUUCAUUAUAAGGCCAUAUUUCGAUGAUAACCGAGUAGUCCCCAGCAACUCUAGACACGCUCCUCUCAAGUUUCUGGGGUUCUGAGAUAGCCGCUGAGAGCGAGGAGAAGCGCGACACUUCUCUCUGGAGUGUUCGGGGACGGAGGAUGGCAACACAAGCUACAUCUCCGCCAGCUGGCGUACCAUUGCAGAAUGGUAUAAAUGGUGCAAAGAGUCCUAAUCCAACCAUCGCUCAUCCAUACGGCCAAACACCAGUACCUCUGCCAAGCUAUGCUCCUACUUCGCGAUCUGCGUCAGUCGCCUCUGCUCCUACUGCGCAAAAGCCAAGCGCUUCGCCCGCACCAACAACUCCUUUUCUCCCACCAGGACAUCACCAAUCACCGUCAAUGCAGACAAAUCAUUUGAACCAGACAAUUUCACAGCACUCUCAGACGCAGAUACUCAACACCCCAUCGCAGGCACAAGGUCUGAUGUCGCCAACACUGAAUCAGCUGCCGCACUCCGUCGAGUCAUCAAAUCACUACCAUGAGUUGACUGCUUUAGUCGAGAAAACGCCGGCUGAUGUUGUUCGCCAAGUUGUUCGAGACAAAUGGGAAAAGUCUCUUGCGGGCUCACAGUAUCACAUUGCUUUCUUGGUAAGCUUCUCAUGCGCUGCAUUUUGGUUCAAGUCUACCUCGAGUAUCCUCCUCUGAGCGCGUUGGUUUCAUCACAGCUCCCACACUUUCUACUCUUGCCUCCUAUGACUUGCUAACUCUUUCAUAGUUGAAUGCGACUAUGCACCAAGCAUCUCCCGAGACUAUUGCUAAGGCCGUCCAGGAGUUCGGUGCAAGCCUGGUACAAAAGUCUAAGCGCGAGUUAUUGGGUCACCUUAACGCCAGUGACUUUGACGAGCUCGCCGACUUGAUACUCCCUCGGGUUAGUACACAGUUUCUGGACAGGGCCCUUGCAAGGCGUCUGGAGACGAUACCAGCCCGUCAGCUUGUCAACGCGUUGGCGCGUGCAGAACGGCUGGGCUACGAUGUCAAGGAUAUCGUCCAAGAGCAUAAUGAGCAUGUCAUCCCUUCUUUGCACUCAUUGCCAGUGCAGCCACAGCCGCAGCCCAUGGGGCCUCUAACAAACACGGCACUCAGUGCGAGGCAAUACCAUACUCCCCCCGUCGCUUCGCAAACUCCCCCACCGCCAAUGCAAUAUGUUAAUGAACCAGCGACUCAAACUCCGACGAAGUACCCGUCAGAACUUCCAGGGCUCGUUUGGUGCAAGUGUGGUUGGCCAUGUGCUUCGCAAGCGGCACUCGACUAUCACCACAAGAAGAGCGCCUGCAACAGAAUCCAAGCAAAUGACGUAGCUGGGAGAGAUAUCUGCCUCUUUUGCGGUUGUAGAUUCGGCAGUGGCGGUGGUUUACUCUACCAUGAGAAGUCUAACGUCUGCGGAAACCACGCUCGCGUCACUGCUGAAAUGAUGCGGAAGUUGCUUCUCGCUCUUCGUCCUGAAAAUCCGCAGCCUCCUGUGCCAGACCCCUCUUCUCAAAUUACACGCAUCCCUUAUACCCAAGUGCCUUUACCGCCGAUUCAGCCCCAAACGACCUGGGCCCACUCAACGACAUCAUAUCCUACUGGGACUCCAAGUCGUGAUUCGGGUCGCGAUCCAUACGCCCACCUCAGCCCGGAAGAUUUGAAGAGGUUCAAUGAUAUCAUGAAGAGUGCAGAAGCAAAAUACGGAGGUCUAAUGAAAGAUGCUAUGCUUCUCAACGAGCCAGAGAGAUCGAAACGAUUGGCAAGUCUAAAAAACUCAUAUAACACAAAGCAAAGCACCACUCGCAAGAAAUUUGGUAUCCGACUUCGCGAGAGGCGAACCCGAGGAGAGAUUGAAGCUGAGGAGGCUCGACUGAUGGGGACUCCAAGUGGCACCGCGACUCCACCGGCUACAGCCGCAUCUGACGGCGAUAUUCGCUCAAGGAAGAGGGCACGAACCGACGAUGACCAGUCGCCGUCAUCGAGCGCGACUAACAGGACUCAAGAAAGUCCCCAGAAGAGGGUCCCUGUGUCAGAGAUGGGCGGACUCUCGGGGUCAUCAGCAACCGCAGAACUCACAGAUCCUACGGCAUACUUGAACCCAACUCAGCCCCGUUAUGCGCCACCAAAAACAGCCGCCCUCGGUGGCCAGUCUAGGGUGUUUGGUUCUGCAGAGCGAACCAGACCGUCGAUGGGAGGGACCCUCGAUGAUCCCAUGUCAAUUCACGACGACGACAAUUCGGAAACAGACAGUGAUAGCGAUAGUGAUAGCGAGGGCGACAUUCCGGCUACUAUCUCCUAAUUCUACAGAUUCGCAAGCAUGAGCAUGGCGUUUGGGAUUACACGAUUUGAUACCCCUGACAUCAGGAAGUGAACGCACAGGAAAGUCAGGAUUGGGGUGCAUUGGGGACGAAGUUAAAUAAGCAUUUUGACGGACGCCGGUUAACAUACACAAUGACGCUGCGCCAAAUCAACAAAAAGACCAAUGGGAUUCUUGGGAGGGCAAGACAUCAGAGUUGCUUCCAGGACAACUGGGUCUUGGCUGCGAGCACUGGUUUCUAAAUGAUCUUUGGUCGAAACAGGCGUCGAAAAAAUAUCCUUAAGGGUAUAUAUGAGCGUGUACAUAUUGCACUAGGGGAUCUCGACGCGAAAACAGUUUUGGAGUCAAUAGGUAUCAUCAAAACGCUGUACAUUAUUAAUACAAUAUGUUAAGAUGCUAACGACUCC